AUGGCAACCUCAAGCAAAAGGGUCAAAACAAUCAGGCAAGCCAUCCAACUCAAACAAGUGAUGAGACUUUGGAAGGCCAUAAGCCUCAAUGGGAAAUCUUCUCUCGCUCCCUCCGGCUUCCUUCCUGUGUACAUUGGAUGGGAUCGAAUCCGAUUCUUGAUCCCGACCCGCUUCCUCAACUUCCCAAUCUUCGUAGCUCUUCUUGAUAAAUCUGGGGAGGAGUUUGGGUUCAAGGCCAGUGGAGGCAUAGUGUUGCCAUGUGAUGUUGUGUUCUUCAAAAAAGUCUUGAGCUUACUUAAAAAAGAUGAGAAAAUGUAUGGGAGCUUGGAGCUGCAAGAGUUCUUGAAGAUGGUUUCUGAGGUGCGUAAUUUUGACUCCUCUACGACAUGCAACAAGGAAGAUAGUAUGUGUUGUGAUCAUCGCCAUGGAUUUAGACCUCUAUUGCAGAAAGCUAGGGUCUGA